AUGCGCCGCGUCCUCCGGCUGCUCCUCGGCUGCUUCCUCACCGAGCUGUGCGCCCGCGUGUGCCGGGCGCAGGAGCGAGCGGGUCACGGGCAGCUGGCGCAACUGGGCGGCGUGUUGGUGCUGGCGGGGGGCAACCGCUCCGGGGCCGCCUCAGGAGAGGCCGGCGAAGGCGCUGGGGUGUCGGACGCGCCCCCGACCCGGGCGCCCACGCCAGACUUCUGCCGGGGCUACUUCGAUGUCAUGGGCCAGUGGGACCCGCCGUUCAACUGCAGCUCGGGCGACUUCAUCUUCUGCUGCGGGACUUGUGGCUUCCGGUUCUGCUGCACGUUUAAGAAGCGGCGACUGAACCAAAGCACCUGCACCAACUACGACACGCCGCUCUGGCUCAACACCGGCAAGCCCCCUGCGCGCAAGGACGACCCCUUGCACGACCCCACCAAGGACAAGACCAACCUGAUCGUCUACAUCAUCUGCGGGGUGGUGGCCGUCAUGGUGCUUGUGGGCAUCUUCACCAAGCUGGGGCUGGAGAAGGCGCACCGGCCCCAAAGGGAGCACAUGUCCAGGCUCUGUGACAAUCUGCUGUUUACAGAGGCACUGCUUACUUUCCGAAGAGGAUGAACACGCCCAUGGUGAGUGGAGGAAUCCGACUUCAAACCGGACAGUCGGAGGAAGGAUACAGGUCCUGGACCAUUGGCUCUACUGCCUUGGAGUGCAAACCUGCAGGACUUCCAGUCUUCUCAGCUCACAAGAAAUGCUCGGUGCUCUGCAAACAACAGCACGUGCAUCAGGGCCAGUUCAAGAAGCCACCAAAAGAUCAAGACUAGGAAUGUUUUCUGCAUCUGCCCCAGGCAGGGCCAGGCAUCUUGGUGGAAGCGCUGGUGAGAAAUGACCCUGGGGACAGAGGCACAUGUUUGAAGCUCUCUACACUUGAAGCCAGUAGGGAACACAUGUCGUUAUUUUGUCCACCUUCAAACAGAAUUGGAAAUCCGAGUGGCAAAUUGCAUAGCACAGUGUCUUGUGUCUUUUUCAAACACACUGCAGAAGAGCUGGCGUCUCUUGCGAAGAAAUGGCAUCAAAUGACAAAUGCACCUUCUUCCCUUGCCUUUUCUCAUCUUCCAAUUUCUCUGCUACCUCUUAUCUUUCUACACAUUGUGGUUAUCCUAUGGCUUUGACCAGCUUCCUAGGCUGGAGAGGGCCAUGUGUACAUGCAUGUACUAUUGGCCACAGAAAAGUCUUUAUUUCUCCUUGCAGGAUAUGUUCGCUUUUUCUUUGGGCACUGAGUCCUUGUAUUUUAAGAGUCAACUUCCUGGAGGUAUAAUUUACACGAUAAAAUGCACACAGUUUCACAAGUGUUGACAAAUGUCUAUGCCUGUGUAACCACUGCUCUAGAAAGUUAACUUACGCCCAUCGCCCUUGCAUUCUUGAAAAAUAAGUGAUGCUUCUUGCGAAGGAAGAAAUGCUCAGGAAUCCUAUUCAAGUGUUUAAAAAUCAAAACAUAGUUUGGACAUUAGGACCCCUGGAGCCUUUGAAGCAAGAUACCAGGACUCUAAGCUCUGUUUGGAAAUAUUGGGGGUUAUAUGUUUACUGUCAUUGGAAAGAAAAGAGAUGGAACAUUUU